UUACGAAAAAUACUGCAUUCUAAUAAAUAUAAUACUGAUAUCAUCAAUAUACUUAGUAUUUGCAUCAAUAAAUUUAUUUAUUUUCUAUUUUAUAUUUGAAUCCAGUCUGUUAAUUAUCUUUUAUAUAAUUAUAAAAUGAGGAUAUGGUGAAUUUUAAUUCUUCAUUCUAUUUAAUGUUUUAUACUCUAGUAUUUUCCCUUCCUAUGUUAUAUUUGUUGUUUAAUAUUUUAAUAUUAUUUAAUACAAUAAAUUUUUACAUUCUUGAAAUAUUAAAUAUCAUUUACAUUAAUGAUUUUAAAUUUUUAUAUUUCAUUAUAUCUUUUAUAGUUAAAAUUCCUAUAUAUACAGUUCACAAUUAUGUAUAUUAUAAAAACUAUAAUACUAAAUAUAUAAUAUAUUAUAUUAUAUUUAUUUUAUAUUAUUAUAAUAUAAUAAAUAUUAUUAUAUUUAUUAUAUAUAUUAGAUUAUUAAUGCUAAAUAUAUAAUAUAUCAUAUAUAUUAUAAAAACUAUAAAACUAAAUAUUCAAGAAAUAUUAUGUUUACUUUAUAGUAAUUAACAUAUUUGGUAUAGUAAUAUUAAGUAUUAUAUGUACAUCACAAAUAGAUAUUAAGUUAAUUAUUACAAUUUCAUCAAUUGUACAUACAGGAAUUAUAACAAUAGGAAUACUAUUAAUGACAAAGAUUGGAUUAUAUGGUAGAUACUAUAUAAUAAUCAGUCAUGGUUUUGUAUCAUCAGGAUUAUUUUAUUUAACUAAUUUCAAUUAUCUAAAAACAAAUAGACGGCUUUUC